AUGAAAUGUCAAAAUUGUUUACUUGAUUCAGUAAAAGAAAAAUGUAAUUGUGAAUUUAAAAAUUUUCAAACGAUAGGAAUUAUUGAAAGUUGGUUUCCUGAAAAACGAGGGAUACCCAGACAGGGUACAUUAUGUUCUGAUAGUAAAGGAAUUUUAAUACUUCAUUCCUCUGUAGUUAAUAAUCCAUCAUAUGCUCUCGAUGGAUUAGAAGAGUUUUCUCAUAUGUGGAUUAUAUAUCAUUUUCAUAAAACUGAUUCAAAUCAUGUUAGAACCAAAAUAGCCCCUCCUAAAUUAAAUGGCGAAAAGGUUGGAGUGUUUAGUAGUAGAUCUCCUCAUAGACCUUGCCCAAUCGGUUUGUCUGUUGUUAAAAUAGAUAAAAUUUCAGAAAAUAAAAUAUAUUUUUCUGGAGUUGAUAUGUUAAAUGGAACUCCAGUCUUAGAUAUAAAACCCUACAUUCCCUUUUAUGAUAAUCCUACAUUAAUGGGAGAUCAUAAAGAAAGAAAAGUUGAAGGUGGAGCUGCAGACAAGGAUUCAUUAUUGGUUUUAAAUCACCAAGUUAAAGACAAGGAAAAGAAAUCGGAAAAUAGAGAAGCUCCCGAUGGAGAAGAAGACAACAUAAAAAUCCCAUCGUGGAUAACAAAUUCAGCGAGAGGAAAAUUAAAAGUUGAAUUUACCAAAAGAGGAUUAUCUCAAUUAAAUAUGAUGAAUCACUCGGAACAAUUAAAAAAUGCUAUUAUAAAUAUUGUUGAAGAGGAUCCAAGAUCUGUAUAUUUAAAACAAAAAUUAGGAAAUCAAUUUUACACAUUUUUAAUUAAAGAUGUUCACGUUACUUGUAAAUUUGAUGAUGCCAAUGGUGUCGUCAUCAUUUAUCAAUUGAAAGAAGCAAAUCAGGUUUGCGAUUGUGGAAUUCCCGAAUGGCAGUGCAGUGAACAUGGAAAAUAA